AUCUAUGAGGGAAAUAUCGGAACGCUUAAUGGAACGCCAUAGCCAAACAAUAUGGCGCCCGGAUCCCUUCGUUUUCAUAUUGUGUCGUGGAUUCCUAAACAAUAUUAGGAUGCUUCCUAGUUGAAAUCAACACCGGCUAGCCGAUAAUUAUUCGGAAAGAUGGAUUCUGGAGAGGAAGUCACCAAACCAGGUUCAUCCCUUCUUGAAUCCAUGCUGACGUUGGACAGCACAGCCCAACUGCCCAGAGCAUCAUCGAUAAACAAUGUGAAUCAAACUGCGAACCAAGCCGCAAGCCAAGCACUAUCCAAAUUAUGGGGGAGCAGUGCAGUCUUGGCGGAAGACACUUUGAGCGGGGCUUCCAACGUCACAGUGAGACUCCCAAUCCACACUGUGUCGACAAGCUUUGGAGUCCUGGGCAGUGGCUCACUUAACCUGAAGAAAAAUAAUGUUGUAGGGAGACACAUGAAAACAGAUCUCAGUGGUGUAGGAAGAGUGUUGACGCAGAGAAAGAACCCUAGCGUAAAGUUAAAACAUUUAAGCAACAGUGGAAUGACGUCAGUGUUUGGUGGAUCAGUGAAAGGUUUGAAAAAGGCUUUGGAAGACGUGCCUGCGUUAUCACAAUCACCCACGAUAGAGACUGCCAGUGCAGAGAUUCCUGGAGGCUCACUCAUGCAGCCUUCUGAUUCCGGUGUGGAUUUAGCAUCUGAUCCUGGAGCGUCAACUGGAGGAGGAGACAGUGAAGUGGAAUUGAUUGAAGAAACAUGGCCAGGCAAAGUGUGCGCGUUUUGCAACUUGGGCGAACGCAGCCAGCUCGGACAAGGCGAAAUGCUGAGGCUGGAAGUGGGAUCAGAUUUCGAAAGUUUACGUCAGAGCACGUUACACAGCGAAGAGCGUCUGCAGUCGCUGGCUGCCAAUGCCGGAGCGGUCAACACCAAAACAUCGUCGGGCCCCGGCUCAGUUGGUAGUGGCAGCCAUGUGGCCCCAGCUGGGCAACCAUCCGGCAUAAAGAAACCGCGUCUAGCGUUGAAAGGUCGCCGAACGUCGUCGUUUGACGCGUCGCAAUCAUUUCGUUCUGAACUGCAGGAAGAGUUGAGCGCAGUGGGUUACGUUGAGGAGCCGGAUUUGCUGGCCAUCGUGGAGCCUUGUGGCUACUUUUAUGCCCACCGUAUGUGCGCCAUUUGGUCGAAGGGUGUCAAAGUGGUCAACGACGACGAAGCCAACCCUGGCCAGAGUAUUGUCUCACUUUGUUCCGGCAACAGCUGGCCUGAAGUGGCCGGAGCGGAUUCGGCCCUCAUUCGUGCUGCUUCUCUACGAUGCCAUUCGUGCGGCUCUUUCGGAGCUUCGCUUUCCUGUCAACACACGACGACUGCGGGUAGUGGCUGCCAAAAAUCUUUUCAUUUCCCCUGCGCCGUCAGUUGUGGGGCCUUUUUAAAUGCUAAAACAAGAACGUUGCAUUGCCCGGAUCACAUGCAUCAAGGAUCGAUUGUUGCAGGUCCGUCAGACGCAAACUGUGGUAUGUGCAGUUCGCGUUCCAAUGUGGCCAAUCAGCUGUUUUGCGUGACUUGCGGCAAACACUACCACGGCUCGUGCGUUGGGCUGGGAGUAGGCCCAGGAGUACGGACGGCUUGGCAGUGUAACGAGUGCAAGGUGUGCAUCACGUGCAGGACUCCGGCGGCGCAACAAGGAACUGGAACUGAAGCUGUGACUGACCGUACCAAGAUGCUCGUUUGUGACACAUGCGACAAGAAUUAUCAUCCGUCCUGUGUCCGGCCGCUGAUAUCCAACAUCCCGAAACUCGGGUGGAAAUGCAAAAACUGUCGCGUCUGCGGCGAUUGCGGCUCCAGGACGCCCGGCUCGGGCCCUUCGUCGCGAUGGCACGCCUGUUUCACCGUCUGCGAUUCCUGCUACCAGCAGCGGAAUAAAGGCGUCUGUUGUCCAUUGUGCGGCAAGGCGUAUCGCCAUUCUCAGCGGGAGAUGAGCCAGUGUCAACGGUGUCGGAAAUAUGUCCAUUCCGGAUGCGAUCCAGAAGCCGAUCGGGGGCUCGUCCAGCGCAAGAAAGAUGUGAAUCCGGAUUAUGAAUACCUCUGUCCACCGUGCAAGGUGUCGUCUCCGAUACCGACACCGAAAGCGAGCAUGGACGUCGAUGCCACAUUGCCAGAUGUCAACGCUGGCUCUGUGGGCCAAGAUCCAUCCCAACAGAUGACGCAACAACCUCCGUUGUUUGAUGUUGACGCACCCCGUACGCCAGUCUUCGCGGAUGAAGUUUUGCAACAACAACAACAACAACAACAAACGGAAGAGACGAAACCGUUAGCCGUCCGAGCUGGGCAGAAGGUCAUGGCGUCGCAGCAACAGUCUGCUGGCAAAAUUGCACGAAAACGAAUGGCAGGAACGACGACGGCUGGUGGAGGAGGAGGAGCCGGUGGACGGCCGAAAGGAUCAGGUAAAGCGUCGUCUUUCGGAGCCGCUGGAUCCAGCAGCGCUGCCUAUAACCGGAAGGCCAACAAGAUGGCGGAUUUCGGACGGAAAAGGGGACCCAAACCAAAGAUGCGGGGCGUGUUCGGCGCUCCAGGGGUAGGACUACAACGUCCAGCGGAUGGAACGGGUAGCGCAAGUGGCAAUGCGGGUGGAAGCACAGCUGGAACGAUCAACGUCUCGACGACGGUUGGAACCGGCGUCGAGGGGGAGCCGUGUCUGGAGAACAAGUUGAUUCUGUGUUCGUCAACGGAUGGUUUCGUCGUCGAUCAGGACGCCUGCGCCAUGUGCGGCUCUUUUGGGCUCGACCAGGAAGGCCGUCUCAUAUCCUGCGCUCAGUGUGGACAGUGUUACCAUCCGUUCUGCGCCAACGUCAAGGUCACCAAAGUCAUUUUACAAAAGGGAUGGCGUUGCCUGGACUGUACGGUUUGCGAGGGGUGCGGGGAACGUCACGACGAGGCCCGUCUGUUGCUGUGCGACGAAUGCGACAUUUCCUACCACAUUUACUGCAUGGAGCCGCCGCUCGACUACGUGCCCCAAGGCAAUGGGAAAUGCAAAUGGUGCGCCGUUUGUCACGUUUGCGGAUCCAACGAUCCCGGACUCAACGCCACGUGGACCCAUCAGGCCAACGGGAGCUUGUGCGGCCCUUGCGCCUCGCUGCGCAACUGCCCGUCGUGCUCGUCGUCGUACAACGAGGGCGAGCUCAUCAUCCAGUGCCAGCAGUGCUCCCAGUGGCUCCACGCCGCCUGCGACCUCAUUCGCAACGAGCGCGAGGCCGAGUUCUGCGCCGAGGAAGGAUACACUUGCCUCGUCUGCCGGCCGGCCGACCAGCAGCCGCCGCACCUCAACCCCGCAAACGCCGCGGCCGUCGCCUUGGCGUUGGCCGCUCCUUCGUCGAUGGCAGCGCAAGCCUCUUCUAGCCAGGCGGGCAGUCGACAUCACAGGCAAUCGUCGUCGGCCAGCCCGCCACCUAGUCCCGUUGCCGGCCUCCACGAGUCGGCCGGGUCGUUGGCCAACGGGUCGUCAUCCAACACCACGCGGCCCAAAUCGUCGGCGUCCGGCCAGUUCCUCGUCGACGGCGUCUCGUUGUCGGAGGGUGGCAUGAACCACUUGCGAUCGCUGCAGCUGGACCAGCCACGUCGGCGGUGUCGCAACAAGAAAUCGCUGGAAUCUGACGCGGCCGACGAAGCUCAGGCGGACGGUGCCGACGGACUGGACCCGCUCUUCAAAGACGGGACGGUCUUGACCCCGCGCGAGGAUGGUCGCAUGCCGGACGUGCCGGACGGCUACGCCAUCGUGCACGGCGAUAACGGAGCGCUGAUUCUGCGUAAGAAGAGGCAGCGCAACAUGCAGAAGCUGGGCAUCGGCGGCUUCCAGGUGCGACGGCCCUGGGCCCGCGUCAAAGACAAAGAAGAGGAUGCGCUGGACAAUUACAACACGGCCGAAGUCACUCUGCAGCAGCUGAAGGAGGCGGGCGCCGCGGCGUCGCAGCCGUCGACGACGGCGGCGCUGGUGGCCGCAGCCAUCGACCAGGCAGCAGCCGAAGCGGCGGCGGCGGCUGCGGCUGCGUGGGCGGCCAAACCCAAACGGAAACCGCAGAGACGGAAGGCCAAGAACAAGCUGGCCGAAACGUAUCCGGCCUACCUGCAGGAAGCCUUUUUCGGCCGCGAUCUCCUUCUCCUGCCCAAGCCGAGCAACAACAGCAACUGCAGUUCGUUCCUGAGCGACUCGGCCAAUGACUCGCAGACGGCCAGGGCCAGCGGUAGCGACUCUGAGCCGACCGACGACGUGGCCAUUCCAGCCGUCAGAAACCCGUCCAUCAUUUACCUGUCGAAGGAGGAAGUGGCCGAUUUGGAGAGGCGAUCGACUCCGCUCGCCGUGGCCGCAUUGGCGCCGCAACAGCAGACCCCUGUGAGCGCGGCCGCGUCGGUCCAAUCGUCACCGCAGACGCAGAUGCAGACGCAGAACAGGCGGCCAUCCGAUGUUUUGCCUGCUGCGCCAGCCGCUGUGGUUGGCCGGCCCGUCCCUGCCGGCCAAGUCAGCGCUGCCGUCAAACCUGAAGCGAUCGAGGAUGACGCGGCGCCAACCGACAUGCACGACGAGGAAGAAGAAGAGGAAGCGCUGAAAGACAUUUUGCCUUUGGCCGGCGACCUGCUGGCCGACUCGGACGACCUGGUGGAUUCGAUCAUGAAGGAGAGCGACGUUGUGGGAUGCCACGUCGGCGACGAUGGCGUGCAUGGCGUGCAUGGCGAUCACGCCUUGGAAUUGGAAGGGGACUCGCCGACGAGACGCGGCCACCAGGUGUCCAGUCAGCUGCAAGAGUCGCACGCCAACGACGAGUUGUCGGACAUUCUGUUGAACGACCACCUCAACUUGGAGACGAUCGAAGUGGGCGGCUUGCCCAACAUGGACAGCAAGGAUGUCGAGGACAUUUUCAAGGGAGUGCUGACGGACGAAUCGCAAGAAUCGCAAUCGGCAGACUUUGCUCACAUGGGCGCUGCAGUCCAGCAGCAGCAGCAACAGCAACAGCAACAAGAGCAACAACAACAGCAACAACCACAACAUUCCAUGCCUGCGGGUCUCAGUUUCAACAACAGCAACUUCAGCAGCAACAACAACAACAGUAGCAACAGCAGCAGCACAGGUGCCUUGAUGCCUCCGGUUGCCACCGGUGGUCCUGCAGCUCUAGUCAGAGCUUUGUCCCAGCAACAUUCCCAGCAAGGGACGGCUUCCCCCAAUACCAACAUGCAACAACAGCAACAGCAACAGCAGCAACAGCAAUUGCCUCCGCCUUGCUCUCCUUACUUUUCUGAAUACAGUUCCAGUCCAGGUUUUAGUCCGGCCUUCUCUGAACCUCCGCCGAGCCCGUGGCCGUCUUCGUCGGGUAAUAGCAACGUGGCCAUGUCCGGCGGCGGCGAUCCUCACGCAGCCGGUUCGGGCGAUCUUCAAGACCGAGAUGGCGGCGCCGGAGCCACGGCCAAUCAGAGGAAUGCGCUGAAAUGGGAGGCGGACGAAGCGUUGGGCUUGUCGGCCACCAUUUCGGCCGUCCUUUUUGCCAACACGAACCACCCCGAGUUGAAACGAGACUUUCCCGCGUGGACGGAGAGGUGGAAACAGAUCGCCAAGAUCUGGCGCUCGCUGCCGGCCGACAAGAAGGCGCCGUUCCUGCAAAAGGCGCGCGAAAACCGGGCUGCCGUCCGUCUCCAAAAGACGCACCAUCAGCAGCAAACGCAGCAGGAAAUGGAGAAACCGCCGAUGGCCGUUCCUCGUCGCGGCGUUGUCGAGACGGAACAGGAGCGACAGUGGAAACAAUUGCAAGCGCUCAGGCAACAGCAACAACACCAACAACAGUUGGCCAACGGAGCGCAGAUUGUCGCGCUGGGCGGCCACGUCUCAGUCGCCACCGGUUCCAUGGCCAUCAUCCCAACGGCGCCGCCCGAAGCUCUGGCGCACCACCAGCAGCAACAACAACAACAACAACAAGCGGCCAUGUCCAACCAACAGCAAGUGGGAGGCAGUUUCGCCGCGCCGAUUCAAGUGUCGCGCGUGCGAGCGCCCGGCGAACCUGUGGCACCAGCCGGUCAGGUGUUGAUGGUCCGCGGGCCGGCCAACGCGCCGCCGCUCCAGCCGCAACAGUCGAUUGGGCCGCCAGACGUCGCAGUGGACGUGGUGGAUCCUUCGACUGCCGUCGCCGUCGACCCGUCGCGGCCGCAACUUCGCGAUUUGCUCCAGCGCCAACAUUUGCAGCCGCAAGCGCAGCAGCAGCAACAACAACAACAACAACAUCGCCAACCGGCAACGCACUUGGUCAAGUCAGAGAACAUUAAAAGAGAAGACGACGGUGGUAUGAUGAACGCAGCCCCAGCCAAGCAGCAGCAGCAACAACAACAACAACAACAUUUUGCUAUGCAGCAACAACGGCCGCAGUUCCGCUACCCGUUGCCGCCAGGUGCCAGCGGGCCGAAUGGGGCAGGGCAGGGCGCAGUCUUGCAACAACAACAGCCGAUGCAGGGCCCUCCCCGCAUGAUGUCGCCACAGCACCAACAACAACAGCAGCAGCACAUGCAAAUGCAAAUGCAAAUGCAGCAGCUGCAACAACAACAACAACAGGUUAGGCCACGUGGGUUCCAACCCGGUUCGGCCGAAUUCCGCCAACCCAUUCAAGUGGUUGGUGCAUCGCAACAGCCGCAGCCGCAACAGCAGCAACAGUUCCAGGUCCAUUUAGCCGAUCCCCGUAUGAGAAUGAUGAUGAUGCAGCAGCAGCAACAACAGCAACAACAGCAGCAGCAUCAUCAACAACAACAACAACAACAACAGAUGCAACGUGCUGUCGGCCCUCCACAAGUGCACCAGCAACAAGUUCACGCGCAACAACAGCCACAGCAAGACAUGCAACACGCACACGUCGGCAUGCGGCCAAUGUACCCGGGCGCCGUUAUGCAACACCAGCCGAUGCAGUCCGCUGUCCACCCGAUGGCCAUGCAGCAGCAGCAGCAACAACAACAACACGCGCAGCCGCUCAUGCAGCAACAGCAACAGCCGAUGAAGGCGGAAAUGAUGGACGAUGAGGCACCGACGCCUUGCGCUGUGGCCGUUUUGGCCGCCGCCGAGUCUCACAACGCAAACCACCUGCAUCAUCAGCAACAACAACAGCAGCAACAACAACAACAACACGAUCCGGCCGACGACGAUUUCGGCGAUUUGGGACUGGGCUGCGUCGACGACGACGAACUCCUCGGACUGGGCAACGAUUUCAACAUUUUGGAAUACGCCGAUCCGGAAUUGCACGACGCCAUGGACGACGUGAUGGGCGGAGGGGCCGGCCAAGACGAUCACGCCGGCCACCGCUCGUCGUCGUCGUCGUUGGCCGCCAACGGCGGCGCCGCCGCCGGCGACAGCCCCGGCGACUUCAACAUUUUGGAAUACGCCGAUGCGAGUGAAUUGGACGGCACAUCGACGACGUCGACUGCCACAUCGAAUACGACGACGGUGACGACGAGCGCUGCAGCAGACGAUGCGACGCCUAGUCACCAACGGGUGGCCAACGAGCAGCUGACGGCCGACGAGUUGUCGCGUCGCCAGAAGGAAGCGGAGGAGAAGGCGGCCAAGGUGGCGCAAGACAUGAACGAGUUCCAGGCGAAACUGCUGGAACUGACGGAGCAAAAGAAGCAACAACAAUUGAAAGCGGAAGCCGAGCAGCAGCAGCAGCAGCAGCAGCUUCAUCGACAUCACAUGCAAGGGCCCGAGUCGGUUGGCCUUUCUCCUGGGCCUGCAAUGCAACCACAACAGCAACAACAACAGCAGCAGCAGCAGCAGCAGCAGCCGUUCGCUGGCGUUUCAGGUUACAACCCGCAACAAGCGGCUCAACCUCCGCCGCCCUAUCGCGGCCCACCGCCUCCUUACCCGGGCACGCCCAGAGCUUCGUCCAGCGCACACCUGGCCUACGGUUGUGUGGUCCGUCCCGGUGUCGGUAAUGCUAAUGCCAAUGGUAACGGCGGCCUUGUCGUCCACGCUUCUCCACCCAACGCCAUGGCCAGUCCCGUCUAUUUGGUCUCUCCUCCUCCACCACCUCUGCCACCUCUGCCACCUCCUGCUCCAUCUGUUGCUCCACCUUCGCCAGCUCCUUCUCUUCCGGCCGGCUUUCACCAACACCAACACCACCAUCAGCAACAGCAACAGCAACAAAGGCGAUCGUUGCUCUUACAGCAGGAACAGCCUCUUUUGCUGGAGGACUUGCUGGAACAGGAGAAGAGGGAACUGCAGAGGCAGCACAUGCAACACCAGCAGCAGCAGCAACAGCAACAGCAACAGCAACAACAACAACCGUUCGCAACGGCCAUCGGUCAGUCGGCGCCGAUCGGAUCGACGCCCGAGAAACCCUUCCUGUCAGACACGGAUUUUGAGAAAUUGAAAGCGGACGUGUUGGCCGGCGGUCCGUCGGUCUCGCUCUCGCCUCCGGCUUCCCUUCAUCCUCAUCUCGUGCAGCAGCAGCAGCAGCCGCAUCAUGUUCAACAGCAUCAACAGCAUCAACAGCGUCAGCAGCAGCAGCAGCUCCACUUGCACCAACAGCAGCACGUUCACGUGCACCCGAGCCAAGUCCAGCACCCGCAACAUCAACAACAACAGCAACUUUUCCAGCAUCCGCACGCUCCCAAUGUCGUCCAACACCAGCAGAUACAACAACAACAGCAACAGCAACAGCAGAUGCAGAUGCAGAUGCACAGGCCGCAAGGCAACUACCAGCCGGUGGCCCAUCAUCCGCACCUCAUCAACCAGCAGCAACAACAACCUUUUAUUCGUGCCGGUCCGCCCAUUCAGCACCACCACCAACAGCAGCCGCUACAGCAACCGCAGCAACAACAGCAACAACAACAGCAACAACAGCAGUGGCACGUGCAUCAGCAACGAUCGCCCGGUUCGGCCUCGAUGCCUCCAACGGCCGAUCCGGGACUCCAUCCGGCCCUUUUACAAUCUCAAUCGAACGCGUCGACGCCGGCCGCUCGGCCCCCGUUGCCUCCCCCCUUACUGGCGGCCAUGGCCGCUCCCACAGAGAACGUGACCAACGAAGCGGAACGACAACAGCAGCUGGCCUACGACCAGUGGCUCGUCCAGCAACAGCAUCUCAUCCGGCAACACCAGACCUACUACGAAACGGAAGUCAGCAAGUUGCGGAAGCAGCGCAAGUCGCUCAACAGCCGCCAGAGGCAAUUACGCAAAAACAACCAAGAGCUGAACGACGCGGACGCCGCCGAGCUGGACCGCAUCACCACCGAGCAACAGGGACUGCAAAAGUCGCUGGACCAAGUCCGACGACAGGCCAGGCAGCACACGAUGCUCUUCCAGGACUACAGGAACAAACAGCAAAAGCGGCAAGGUGUCCAAGUCGUCGUCGGUGGCGGCGGCGGCGGCCCAGCAGCAGCCGGCCAAGGCCAGCCGCAAUUGCCUGCCCCGCCGUCGCCGUCGCCGCUGGCCGUCGUGCCCGAUGCGUCGGGCAAUUUCGCCGCUUUCGGCCAAGCGCAGCAGUUGCACUUGCAGAUCCAGCAGCAAGGCCAGCAGCAAGGCCAGCAGCCGCACGCGCAGCAGGCCAGCCCCAGGGGUGCGGCAGGGAUGGGUGUCGUUGGCGGCCGAUCGGGUACGCCGCAGUCGCCUCAUCCGCUCUUGUCGCCCGUCGGCCACAUGGGCCCGUUGCGUCCGCCCAUGACGCCGCAACAACAACAAGUGCACCCUCAGCCAAUGCACGGCCAGAUGAUGCAGCAACAACCGGCCAACACCAACAUGAUGGUCAUGAUGAGUCCGCAGCAGCAACACGUGGGCGGGCCGAAUGCCGCCUCACCUCACCCGGCCCAGCAGCAACAACAUCACGCGCACAUGGUCCAGGCGAUGCAACAGCCCGGCCAACCGAUGCACAUGAUGCAACCCAACCGCAACGUUGUCGUUGGCCAGCAAGUCCAGUUUCAACAGAUACGCCAACAACAACAGCAGCAUCAGCAACAGCAACAACAACAACAGCAGCAACAGCAGCAGCAGCACCCUCACGGCUCGCCCAUGUGCCCAUCGAGUCCGCAAGUGGCAGCAGCGUCGAGCGGUGGUGGCGGACCAGUUCAGAGUCCGCGCAUGAUGCACCAAGUGGCCAGUCCGGCGCAAAUGAUGACGACGCCCCAACCGUCCCCUAGCCCGCAGAUGCAAAUGCCUGGUAGGGUUGCCGGACAACAAGGCCAGCAACAAGGCCAGCAACAACAACAACAACAACAGCAGCAGCAGCAGCAGCAGCAGCAGCGUCCGAUGCCGGCGCCAUCGCCCUCACCGUCGUUGAUGAUGAGCCACUCACCUCACGGCUCCAUAGGUGGCGGCGGCCCCAUGACGCCCGGUCCCAUGACUCCCGGCGGAGCGGGCCAACAACAACAACAGCAACAAGCGAGCCCGAUGCCUUCACCGCACACGGUGUCUGUUGGCAGCGUUGGCCCAGUCAGUCAGCAAGUGCAAAUGCAAAUGUCUUCGUCGUCGCCUCGAGGCAUGGGCCAGCAGCAACAACAAGUCGGGACGCCGCUGUCUCAACACUCUGAGAACAACGACGUCGUGGCGCUCAACAGCCCGUUCAGUCCGGGACCGAUGGCUUCGCCGCAGCCGGUCGGCAACGUGAUGGGCCAGGCUGGGCAGCAUCAUGCCAACGUCGUUGGCACUGGCCAAGGUCCAGCUGCCAUGGCCAUGCGUUUGGCGUCUCCGCAGUCGCACCCUCCCCGCUUACCGUCGCCCCAACAGCAGCAGCAACAACAACAACAGCAACAGCAACAAAUGCAAAACGCGCAACAGAACGUGGCCAGUGGUGGUGUGAGGAUGAUGGGACUUGCCGGCCCUGGCGUGAUGAUUCGCCAACCCAUUCAGCAACAGCAGCAGUACGUUGAUCAGAUGAUGCAGCAACAACAACAACACCAACACCACCAACAUCAACAAAUGCAGCAGCAACAAGGUGGAGCUGGCCAAGUAAUGAUGCAAAGGCCUACGGGGAACAUGCAACAACAGCAGCAGCACGUGGUGAUGCAGCAGCAACAGCAGCCUGGCACACAGCAGAUGGUGACUCAGCAACGUUUCGUUCGACCCGCUAAUGUUGUCCAGCAACAACAACAGGGCGGCCAAGUUCAGUCGGGAGGAGAGCCUGUGAUGAUGAUCCGUCAGCGUUUUCCCAUGGCGUCGGCACUGCAACACCAGGCGGCGCACAUCCAACAACAACAACACGCGCCCAUGCAACCCAACAUGCAACAGGCCAUGCAACAACAGCAACAGCCGAUCAAAGUCAGCCCGCAACAGGCGCAGCAAAUGCAAAUGCAGAGACAACAACAGUUGAUGCAACAGCAACAACAGUUUAACAUGCAGCAGCAGCAGCAGCCAUCGCCUGGCCAGCAUCAGAUGCACCAACAAGCUGUCCAGGGCCAAUUGAACCACCAGCAACAACAACAGCAACAACAACCGCAGGGCCAUUUCCAGCCACAGCAACAGACGUACGGCAACAAUGGACAACCGAUGCAGCAACAGCCACAGUACAACGUGCAACAGCAGCAAGCACAGCAACAACAACAUCACCAGCCCGUGCCAUACGGCGGAAACAACAGCAGCAACUACAGUGCGGCCAUGAGACCGCGAGGCCCUGGAACUCCAGUCAGCCUGCAGCAGCAGUUGUCGGUCGAACCGUCAGGCGCAAGCGCCGCCCCGUCGCCCCUUCAGAGCCCGGCACCUCAACCUGUUCAGCAACAGCAACAGCAACAACAAUCUGCACCGGCCAAUCAGACGGCCGAGUCUUGCGAACCGGCCGCGGGCGCAAGUGGAGGAGGAGGAGGAAUGGCUUCAACGAUGAACGUAGCCCCUUGCUGGUUGCAAUACGAUUCGUUUGGUUUCGCCAAGAUCGGCCUGAAAGGAGGCGGCACCGAUGGCCCACUUUCUCCCCGUCCGCUGCCCGUCGUUGCAGAAGCCGACAGGACGCGACAGGCACCCUCGGCCGUCACGGCACACACGGCACAAGGCGUCGUAAGGCCUCGACUCGACGAGCCGAAAGGUGAAGAGGAGAAGGCGAGCGUUUGCGAGACGCCAACGGGUGCGCCGUCCGGCACUGGCGUGGCGGACCAAGCCAACGUUGGCACGGUGUCGUCCUUCCGAGUGGCGGUCGAGUCGAUCGAGUCGAUCGAGCCGGAAGAGCAGAUGCCAGAAGAGACGCGGCCACAGCGACAUUGCGCAGAGACUGUGCAACCAAAGUCCAACUCGGCAAAGGAAACGGACGGACAGGCGGAAAGGGAACGAGACGCAGGUCAAGGCGAGGAGAAGAGGACGACGACGACGUGCGAGUUGUCUGCAGAGACGAGUGCGCCAGCCAUGGACGGAGACGUGCAAGGAGGCGCUGGCCCUUUGGCGACGCCGCCACUGGCUGCUCGUCCGGACGAAAGCGUCCAGCUGACGAGAGUAGCACCUGUUGGUGCAUCACCUUUAGCCGCGGAUGCAGAGGCGCGUGUGGAAGCCGUUGCCACUGUCGCCCCGGUGGCAGAUGCAGAUGCAGAUGCCGUGCCGGCCAGCGUCGUCGAUCGCAAUGAAACAAAAGCCGUUGCCGUUGCCGUUGCCGUUGCCGUUGCUGAAGCGACGUCACAGGCACCAGCUCAGGUGGCGCAGGAAACGCCGAGAGCGACCCGGCCGGUUGAAGCGCCGGUCGUCGUCGUUCCUCCGCCAGUCACGACGACGGCCGCAGCGCCGCCUCUGGCCGUCGUUGUUCCGCCGGUGUCGUCGUCACUUGCCGUGGCCGUCACGUUGCCCACGUCGACCGUGUCGCUCAAGACGCUGGCACCAAAGUCGUCGAGUUUGACGUCGGGCGCCACGACGGUGACGACGGUCACCCUGUCGGCCGUGCCCAUCGCCAACGCACCUGCCGCUGCCGCCGCCGCCGCCGCCCAGUCGCAUGCUGGCCAGCCGACGACGGUCUCCAUGUCCAUGUCGAUGCCCAUGUCGAUGGCCUCGGUUGCCAUGACGUCGGUGCGCACCGUCUCGGUCCCGACGUCGAUCCUAGUCCGAGCUCCCGUCGCUCAUCGCUUGACGUCGCCGCUCAACGUCGGCCAACGCCCUUUGCCCACGUUGACGUUGAACGCCACGUCUGCCACGACGCCCGCCCACGCGCAACGAGUGGCAGCAGCGGCGCAAGGCCAGCAACAACAGCAACAACAACAACAACAACAGCGAGCCACUCAGGUGGUGGUGGUGGUGAAACAGGAGAAAGGCGACCAAGACGAACAGGUGGCGACCAACAAGAACGCGUCGCAAUCGGCACCUGCCGAGGAAAGCAAUCCGCUUCUCGUCCAGCAACAGCAGCAGAACGCCUUGUUGAAGCAGUUGCUGCAAGGACCGGCGGCUGCUGCAGCGGCUGCGGCCGCCGCUGCCGCCGCCUCGUCGGCGCCCAGCGCAACUUUGUCGACCGCCUCACCUGCGUCCAGCGCAUCUUCGACGACAACGAGCAGCGCGUCAACGACGACGACGACGACGACGACGACGAAGACGACGACGACGAUGGCUACUGCCACAGCCACCUCCACCUCCACCGCCAACGCCACCGCCACUGCCACUGCCACUACCACUGCCACUACCACUAGCGCAGCAACGAAGCCGACCUCGCUGAUGGGUUUGCUGGCCAAACCGCUGACGCCGAGCAAAGUGCCCGUCGUUUCGUCGUCCGGUCCGGCCACCCAUUACGCAACGGCCGCAAACGCCAAUAGUAGCGGCGUGGCGGCCAGUUGGUCGCAGGCAACGACGACGACGAGCGCGCAGGCAACACCUUCGGCCUCGCGUUCGCUUUUCGGGGCGGCCACCUCGUUGGCUUCGCAGCUGGCGCAGCCCAUCGCGCCCUCCUCGUUGGCCGUCGCUCACAUUCCGCCCUCUCAAAUGGCGCAGAUGGUGUCUCGCGUCCCGCAGCCGCCCACGCCCACGCCCAGUCAGCAGCAAGCGAACGCGGUCCGGCCGGCCGGUGCCAUGGUCAGAGCUGCCGUCGCCAGCCAACAACAGCAACAGCAGCGACGCGAAGGGGUCGUUGUGAAACAGGAAGCAGAACAGCUGGCGCAACAGCUAACGCCAUCUAGCGUCAAAAUGGAGCAAGACGAAAGCGAACACUCGAUGGAUUCCGUCACCGCGUCCUCGACGUCGACGUCGGAGGUGCCCGUGACCCAACAACAACAACAACAACAACAAGGCGCCGGCCGAUCUCUUCAAACGACCAGCCUCCCAUUAACGACGACAACAACAACAACAACAGCAGCAACGACAGCAACGGCGACGAGCGAGGAAAUGCGCAAAAUGAAGCGACGCCAAUAUCAGCAGAAGCGCAGGCAGAGCGUCGCUCACAACAAACCAGACGCGUCGGCCAACGCGACCGCAGUCAGCCUGUCGGGUGUUAGCGUUCCGGCCGCCGCCAACGCGUCCACCAACCAUCCGACAACAGCCGCCGCCGCCGCCGCAGCAGCAGCAGCAGCAGCCAACGCCACGGCGCCACUGUCGGUCGGUGGCCACCCGACCAACAACAACGUCAACGCGCCGGGCUCGGCCCCCGUCACUCCCACGACCGCAUCGUCGGGCAGCGGGGCGGCCGCCGCCGCCGCCGCUGUGCCAUCGCAGACGGCCAGCGCGUCGGCCAAAAAGAGGAGCCGCAAAGGCUCAAAAUACGAGGAGAUUGUCGACUACGACGCCUUCGUCGAGUCGGUCAUGGCGCACAUCCGCGCCGCCCUGCCGCCGCUCACCGUCCAAGAGCCUCAACUGGGACGAGGUUGCGUCUCGUCGACGGCCACCUCCGUCUUUGGCGCCGGCGACCUGACGCCCUUCGCCUCCAAGAUCCAAAGCCAGAGCCACAACGGCAACGGCAACGGCAACGCCAACGGCAAUUACUCGAACUGGAGCGCAGCAGCAGCGGCCAAAAUGGAUCGCAACGGCUUGCUCAAAGGCUCGUACGGCUCGGCCUACCUGCCCGGCGUUUCCGACUAUUACAACACGCGUCCGUUUGGCGACGUCGAACCGCUACCUGCUUCUGCUGCUGCUGCUGCUGCCGCCGCCGCCGCCGCCUCCUCCUCCUCCUCUUCCUCCUCUUCCAAUGCGUCCAAUGCUGUCCCACCGCCAGCGCCAUCUCUGGCCAACAAUAGCAACAACAACAACAGCAGCAAUCAGAGAGGCUUCUACCACCAAGAAUUCGCUUGGCCACGUUGGGAUCCGUCGUCGUCAUCGCGCCACCAUCACGACGAUUACCCAGCGCGAAACAGCCGCAGCAGUUCCAGCUGUUCCAUCUUGCUGGACAGCGGCGGCGGCGGCGGCGGCGGCGGCAGGGGCGACGGAGGAGGAGCCGACACUCCCGACACGGUCGUCAGUUCCUCGUCGCCCGAAUGCGUCUUGCCGGAGCCGAUCGUCCGCUUCCCCGGCCUUCGAUUCAUCGACUUGGCCAUGGACUCAUCGACGUCGUCGUCGGCGGCGGACAGGCAGCCCAACUGCAAGAGUCCCGACGACGCCACCUCGUCCAGGCGCAGCAGCUACUGCAACUCGCCCGACAUCCCCAUCAUCGUGUGCGCUCCCAUCGCCAUCCGCCCCGCGCCUCCUCCGGCGGCCGCCACGGCCCAACCGACCGUUCCAGCAGUUUCGGCCGCUCAACCGCCGACGCCCUCGUUCAAGAAGCAACUCGUCUGCCUCGACACGGAGAACCAACCGAGCAACAACAACAACAACAACAGCAGCAGCAGCAGCAGCAUCGUGCAUUCGGGCAAAGCGAGCAGCUUCGCCGUUUCGUCGGCCUUGGGUCUGUCGGCGGCCGGCCUUGGGUCGGGCCUUCCCCUGCGCGACAGUACGAACGUGACAGUGACGUUGACGUUGAGCGCCUCGGCGGCCGAAGACGUCAAUCAGGUGCUGUGCCGAUUGGCCGCCCUUUUGCGAGUUCCACCUCCCACCGAUUAUCGCAUCGUCGAACGGCCCAACGCUGGCAGCGCCCCUGGCGCAGGUGGUGGUGGUGGUCCGCCUGGUCCGUCGCAACGUCUCGGCCUCUAUCGUUUCAAAGGCAAAGACGGCAAGGAAGGAGCGCCCGUCGACAUUCAAUCGAUCCUGAACGGCACGGCCAAAUUCUGCCGCCAUUGCGACGUCGUCAUUUUGGGCAACAGCAACAAGAUCACCAAGAAGGCGCAGCUCUUUUCGGCCGGCCUCGACACGGCCGCUCUCGACCCUAAACAACUAACGACGCCGACGACGACGACGACGGCCGAUCCCAACGAUCCGGACGGCGAAGAGGAAGACUACCAUUUCUGCUCGUCGGCCUGUUUCGUCCAGUUCGCCGUGGCCCAUAAUACGCGCCCGUCGGCCAUCGAAGCUAAAGAAGCCAACGCCGUCGUGGCCCACAUCAGCGGCAUCGUCGGCCAAGGACAAGCACAAGCACAAGGGCAAGGACAAGCGCACGCGCACGACGCUGGCACUCUAUCCAGUCACAGCCACACGGCGGCCAGCGCGGCCGCUGCCAGUGUCGUAGCGGCCGCAGCCGCAGCCGCCGCCGUCGCCGCUGCACCAGCUCCGCUUCAAGCCGGCCAGUCUCUCGCUCCAGCCGUUCCCGUCGCCCCCAAAUGGAAAGGCGUCCGCUAUCGCAAUUGGUCGACCAAUUUGCACCAACAGCUGGCCAGGAAACAGCAGCAGCAGCAGCACCACCACCACCACCAGCCGGGCAACUUAACCAAGAAGAUGACGGAGAAUGAGCUGACGGAGAUGCUGUACAGGGCGGCCAUCUGCAUCCGGCCGACAGGCGAGAAGGCGACGGACAAGCGUCAGUGUCUCUUUUGCCACGGACAUGGUGACGGCGUCUCUGACGGUCCUGCCCGUCUCAUCAACUACGACGUGGACCGUUGGGUGCAUCUGAACUGCGCCCUGUGGCACGAGGACGUCUUCGAGAUGGUCAACGGGGCCCUGAUGAACGUUGACGCGGCCCUGAAGCAGAGCCUGACGCAGACGUGCCUCCACUGCGGCCGCAACGGGGCCAGCGUCAAGUGUUUCAAGCUGCGCUGCUCGUCCGUCUUCCAUCUCGGCUGCGCCGUCAAGGAGGGCGCCGUUUUCCUCAAAAACAAGUCCGUCUACUGCUCGCAACACCUGCCCAAGUGUUCCAGCACCAGCUCCACUUCAGUCGUCGACAUCAAAGAAGAGCAGCUGACGACGCUGUCCGUCUUCCGGCGAGUCUACAUCAACCGCGACGAGAACCGCCAAGUAGCUACCGUCAUGCACAGCGGCGGCGUGGCCGGCCCGCUCGGCCAGCCGCUCGACGCCGACGCCGACGGCGAGCAGAGUUACCUGCUGCGCGUCGGAUCGCUCACCUUCCUGUCGGUGGGCCAGCUGCUGCCGCACCAGUUGGCCGCCUUCCAUUCGGCCAACUGCAUCUACCCGAUCGGCUAUCAGGUGGUGCGUUUCUACUGGUCCCCGCGGCAGGUGCACAAGCGAUGCCGCUACCUCUGCUCCAUCGACGAGUGCGACGGACGGCCGCAGUUCAACGUCGUCGUCCAGGAACCCGACCGGCCGCACCUACCCGACCUCUUCUUCAAGGAUUGGACGUGCCAAGGAGUUUGGCAACAGAUUUUGGGCGCCAUCGAGGAAAUGCGGCGACAGGAAGGCGUCGUCCGUCUCUUCCCUCAGUUCCUCAACGGCGAAGACCUUUUCGGACUGACCGAGCCGGCCAUCGUCCGAGUUCUCGAGUCGCUGCCCGGCAUCGAAUCCCUUACUGACUACAACUUCAAAUACGGGCGCAAUCCGCUGCUGGAAUUGCCUCUGGCCGUCAAUCCGACGGGAGCCGCCCGCUCCGAGCCCAAACUGCGCACCCAUUUCAAGCGAUUCCACGCCCAGCGGACGACGGGCACGUCGAGGUCGUCAUCCAACACGUCGGCCUCCUCAUUCGGCGGUGGCAGCAGCAGCAGCAGCAGCAGCAACAACAACAGCAACAGCAACAACAGCAGCAGCAGCACCAGCAGCAGCUUGUCCAGCAGUUUAGCCAUGGUGGAUGUGCCCGGCCCCUACUCUAAACAGUUUGUCCACUCGAAGAGUUCGCAGUACAAGAAGAUGAAACAGGAGUGGCGGCACAAUAUUUUCCUGGCCCGCUCCAAGAUCCAGGGACUGGGCCUGUACGCGGCCCGCGACAUUGAGAAACACACGAUGGUCAUCGAGUACAUCGGCGAGAUGAUCCGGGCCGAGUUGGCCGAGUGUCGCGAGAAGCGCUACGACGCGGCCAACCGAGGCAUUUACAUGUUCCGGCUGGACGAGCAGCGCGUCAUUGACGCCACGCUCUGCGGUGGUCUGGCCCGCUACAUCAACCAUUCAUGCAACCCCAACUGCGUCGCAGAGGCCGUCGAGGUUGAGAGGGAUUUGCGGAUCAUUAUUUUUGCCAGUCGCAGGAUAUCACGAGGCGAAGAGCUCUCCUACGACUACAAAUUCGACAUUGAAGACGACCACAAAAUCCCGUGCCUUUGCGGCGCCCCUAAUUGCCGCAAAUGGAUGAACUGAUCAACUCGACAAUUUCUAAAUGAUCCGACUGGCCUUUUUUCAACAACAACAAAAAAAAAAAAAGUAUACAUAAUUUUUCUGUUUAUUUCUCACUUUGUAUUUAGUCUCGUGUGCAAUGGUAAAUGUACAAACAAACAAACAAAAAAAAAUGAACUAUCUAUUGGAAUGGCCGCUUUUUUUUUUUCAGUUGUUUUUCUUCUUUUCGUGUGUGUGCCUCUGUGUGUGCGAAUGACGUCGAACUUGUUUCGAUCGUUCCAUUCAAAGUGUUGUUUUUUUUUGUUUUUUUUUUUGCGUUCAUUGUGUGUGUUGUACAUUCAAGAAAGAAAAAAAGCAUUUCGUUCGUUCGUGGCCUGGCGAAUUGGAUGGACUGCAAAACGUUUGAGAAAACCCGUGGCCAUUUGAUUCCUUUACGUCGUCCCCCCCCACCCAAAAAUAUUUCCUUGUUUUUUGUUUCCUCUCCAUGCCCCUUCAUUGUUUUCUGCAUUUUUUUUUUGUUUGGAUUGAUGAGUUCUGCCUUGACUUUUUCCUUGUCGGCCACACGAGAAUGAUGAAAUGAUUCAUAGAGCUACUUGCAAUGAAAGUAAUCAAGUCGCCCAUUAUAAUUUUGUUAUCUGUA